GCACCUUGUGCUUAUGUCAGAUAUUGGUUCUCUUGUUGUGUCUUCCUUUUUCUUUAACUUGACAAUAAAGGGAAAGGGAAAGGAGGACGCGUGCUGCAACACCACGAUCCAACUCACACCCAUCGUCGUCUUCUUCUUCUUCUUCCUUGCCUUACCCCUCGUCUCGCUUUUCAUCCAACCAGGAAAUGGCGACAGAUGAGGAUAUUGGCAUGUCAGCUAUGAAGUCUAAGUUGAGUCAAUCACAUGAAACAUGGAAGCAGGGGAUGGAAAGAAACCAAUCUCAAGUUGAUGCAUUGCAAGCAAAACUUAUGGAGGUGAAGGCUUGUAUACAGGGCUCAAAGGAAGAUACAAAAAAGGAAUUAGAGGUUCUAUGGCGAAGAGUCAAGACUACAGCUACCUUGUUGACCUACUUAAAAUCCAAAGCUAGAAUUAUGGCUGUUCCUCAUCUAGCCCAUACAUCUUGUGGCAUCAAAAAAUUAGACGGGAUAGGGCUUGUUGACAAAGAUGGUAUUCCUUUAUCAGGUUGGUCUAAGAAUGUUGAUCUUACUUCAUUUGAUGGACCAGACGAUGAAUCUUGGAUAGGGAUCAGCUGUCAGCGUGGCUUCUUAGACGAACAAGAUGCAGUUUAUAUAGGUGAGAUACUUAAAUCUGUCCAGAUGGUAUCGGAUGUGAUGGAAGCCCUUGUCAAAAGGGUUUUAUUAGCAGAAUCAGAAACUACGAUUGAGAAGGAGAAAGCAAGCUUAGGUCAGGAAGAAAUUAUGCGAAAGUCUGCUCAGUUGGAGAAUAUGUCUAUGAAAUUAGAGGAGAUGGAACGAUUUGCUUUGGGUACAAAUAGUAUUUUGAAUGACAUGAGGCAAAGAGUUGCAGACUUGGUGGAAGAAACAACUAGACAGAGACAACGGGCUGCUGAAAAUGAAGAAGAGCUUUGUCGAGUGAAACAGGAAUUUGAGUCUCUGAAGUCAUAUGUUAGUAGUCUAAUCACAGUGAGAGAAACCUUACUUUCGUCUGAGAAGCAAUUCCAAACUAUUGAGAAGCUGUUUGAACGGUUAGUUGGAAAGACUACCCAGCUGGAGGGUGAGAAAAUGCAGAAAGAGGCUGAAGUUCAGAAACUCAUGGAAGAGAAUGUGAGGUUGAGUGCUCUGCUGGACAAGAAAGAGGCUCAAAUUCUGGCAUUGAAUGAACAAUGUAAGAUGAUGGCCUUGAGCUCUUCACACAUGUAAAUGACAUUGUAAUGUACUCUACAGAUCGCUUGCUUGUUCUCUCUUCCUAGGUCCUCUAACCCAGAAGAAGCAUCAAUGGAGGGCUCCAUAAACAUCAUGAAUGCCUUUGUUUUAUUUUCUGACGCCAUUUCUAUGCCUUUUUUUCUAAAUUGAACUCAGAAAAUAAUGUUCCUUAGAAUGUAAACAUGGUGUGCUCUCAGUCAUGAGAAAAACAAAAUAUAAGUUGUCUCUUCGGUAGGCCGAACCAUCAACCUUACACGGUGUAUACCAAUCAAAUGUUAGAGGCCAGCAAAAGAUAUCUGCUAUAUACUGAGAAAUCCUUAGGUGCUCUCAUAACAAAAGAAGUAUUUUGCUAGGUAUCAUUGUCUCACUUCAGUCAUAGCAUUAAAAUGUAGUUAAAGAAGUAUUAACGGCUCACAGAUUUUUUAUGAUAUAAAUUCAAUGGUCAUAAGAUAAGAGAUUUUUCUUC